AUGUCUGUUACAACAGUUCACAUCCGUGACAAACUAAUCAAGGAAUUCGGAGCGGUGCUUGUGGUAUGUAUCAUGUAUCCCUAUUCCCCAAUGAAUGAAAACGCUUACUGCCCCUCAUAGGAUGCGUUUACACAGGGAGUCCAAUUCUGAUGUUUUUUUUAACAAAUUGAUAUUUUUGACCAAUCAGAUCAGCCCAGAAAAUCUGAUGUGAAAAGAUCUGGCCGUUAUAAUACAAAGCAGGAUCAACGACUUAGCCAGCUAACUUUGAUAUACAACCAUAAAUAAAUAUAGAUUGUCUGCUUAAUUAAGAAACUUAGAUAUGUGAUUUUGGUUGUUGGACCAUUAGAUCAUGCCCUUUUCAAGCUUAUGUUAUUUUAGAACAUUUGGCAAGUUAGCAGGCUAACUCAUUGAUCCUGCUUUGUAGUAUACCCCUCUGAUGUGAUUGGUGAAAAAGCAAUUAGUGGAACAGAAUUGGGCUGAUGUUGGUCAUUUUGUAUUUGUACAUUUACACUCCUACUGGAGAGCUACUGGCUUUUGUUCUAGCUCUGCUCUAGCCUGAUUCUACUAAUAAAUUGCUCAUGAUCAGAACCUUAGUUGAGUCUUAUGUGUUAGUACAGGACUGGAGUAAAACCAUUCACACCCAGGAGGUAUGUUGGCCACUCCUGAGCUAUGGUAUUACACACCCCACCAAUGACCUGUUCUACCGGCUUUAUUUUGACAGGAUGUUGAAGACACGUCCCCUAACAGAUGUGCUGCCAGCUUCAAAGUUCUAAUAGUGUCUCCCCAGUUUGAGGGGAAACCACUGCUGGCGAGACACAGGUAGGCACAGUGGGCAGGUAGCGCUGAUAUGGGUUAUGAGCUAACUUUGAAUGGGUAUGUGGUAGACUGUAGUUGAUAGGUUCACAUACUCUUGUUUCUGAUUUUUCGUUUGUCAGGAUGGUGAACACCUGCUUGGCUGAAGAGCUGAAAGAGAUCCAUGCCUUUGAACAGAAGACGCUGACACCAGAACAGUGGGAGAAACAGAAAGCACAGUGA